AUGAAUGAGAGUAGAAAUUACUCCUCAGUGGUCAUGUUUGUUCUCCUGGGGCUAACAGAUGACAAAGAGUUGCAGCUUAUUCUAUUUCCAAUAUUCCUAGGGAUUUAUCUUGUAACCAUAUUCUGGAACCUUAGUCUUAUCCUACUAAUCAGAAUGGAUUCCCAUCUGCACACACCGAUGUACUUUUUUCUCAGCUUCCUUUCAUUCAUAGACAUCUGCUACUCUUCUUCCACCAGCCCAAGGAUGCUUUCAGAUUUCUUCAAAGAUGAAAGAACAAUUUCCUUCAUUGCCUGUGCUACCCAGUAUUUCGUUGGGUGCUGGAUGGCUUUGAGUGAGUGUUGCCUCUUGGCCGCCAUGGCCUAUGACAGAUACGUGGCCAUUGGUAACCCUCUCCAGUACACAACCAUCAUGGCGCCUGGGCUCUGUCAGAAGAUGGUGGCUGGGGCCCUCGGGAGUGGUUUCCUUAAUAGUUUACUUCAAACAAUCCCUUGCUUUAAUCUCUACUAUUGUAAAUCAAAUGUCAUUCAACAUUUUUUCUGUAAUUUACCCCAGAUUAUUGCCUUGUCUUGCUCCAGUCCCUUCAUUACUCAAAUAAUUCUUUUUCUGGAAGCUCUAUUUAUUGGAUUCGGUUCCUUGGUCUUUAUCCUGUUAUCCUAUGGUUUCAUUACAGCUUCCAUCCUGAAAAUAUCCUCCAUCAAGGGCAGUGCCAAGGCCUUCAAUACCUGUGCCUCCCACCUGACAGUUGUGUCACUCUUCUAUGGCACAGCCCUCAGUUCGGUCCACCCCAAUAAACAGGACAAGGCUUUGUCAGUGUUCUAUGCUAUAAUCAUCCCCAUGUUGAACCCUUUGAUCUAUAGUCUGAGGAACAAGGAGAUCAAAGAGGCUCUCAGAAGGCUGAUGAAGAGGAUGUGGCAUUUACCUCAGUAG